AUGAUAUCCGAGACCUGCAAAGACGUCGAUGCGAAAAACUCCAAAGCUACGGGAUCUUUCUCGGCACCAUGCAAAACACUCGAACUCAAAGUGAAAGACACCGAGAAUCGUCAUCAACAAGUCGUCGCAUUGGCAAAAAGUUUGAGAGAUCAGCGAGACAAGCUCAAGCAACAAGUCGAUGGAAAGACCCCAAUAGAACCGGUGCAAAACGAGUCGAUGCAAAAGAAACAGGAGGAAAUUCAACAGUUGCAAGAACAGGUCAACGAUUUGACGCAGAAGCUCGAGGCCGAGGUUGCCAAGGCUAAAGCGCUCCAUGAACAAGCUGAGGAAGAGAAGAACGAAGCCUCAUUCCGAUCGACUGCCAUGUCAAACAUGGUCAAGAAAACCCAAGAUAGGCUGACGAGUCUCACCAAGGAACUUGAAGCAGAAAAGGAAGCCCAUGCGAGAACUCGAGCCGAAGCAGCGCUCCAACAGGCCGCCGUUCAGCCAUCGUCAUCGCAUCCCGUUGAGCUCCCGCCAGCACCAACUCCUGUCAUCUCGCAAUCAUCUGUCAUCGUCCCUUCUGUGCCCACUCCGACAAAUUUACUUCCUCCAACGGACGGCGUUUCACAAGACGGCCUCCUCUCGGCGAUCACUUCAUCUAGUGGCGAGGGUGUUGGCGGAAGAAAGCGAACAGCUACAGGAAAUGAAACAGACAACGAAGCAAAGCGUCAACGCGAAAGCCCCGGUGAAGAGCAAAUCACAAGCAGUGAACGAUUGCACGACGAGGCAGAGGUGUUGCUUGACGAGGACGUCUCAAAUGAAGCGCUUGAAGAAAUCCCAGGGGAAGAUGAGGAUUUGGGAGAUCACGAAGACGAGGAUUUGGAAGGAUUGGAAGAGGAGGGAGAAAUUGGGGAAAUGGAAGAGGGAAACGACGAUGGACUGCCGGAAGUGAUUGACAACUUUGAAGAUGACGAUGAUGAUAUUCAGGAAGUCCCAGACCACCCACUCCAACAUCAACGAAUGCAGCGUCAGGGCACGCCAAGUGAUGACGAUAUUCAAGUGCUUUCCUCGGACACUGAUGAAGGAGAUGGGGCAACUGACUCAGAAGAUGAUCAAGGCAUUGGACGAAUGGACGAGGAACAAGGGGAUGAAGAAGAGGCCGAAGAUUUCGACUACGGUGGGGGAGCCGAGGACUUGGAUGAUGAAGAGGCAGCUGUGGAUUUUGUGGAUGAUGUGAUCAAGGCAUUGGCCGAAUGGACGAGGAACAAUUUUGUGGAUGAUGAUGGUGAAGUGGAAGUAAUUCAAGGAAUCGAUCAAAGCGAUCACGAUGCUGGUGGUGAUGUUGAUGAGCAGACACAAGAUGCUGAAAAUGUUGGCGACGAUUUGGGAGAUCUUGGCGAGGAAAGAGAAGCCGCAUCGGCGAUGGAAGAAGCAGACGAUGAGAGGGAAGAGGGUGAGAAGUAUAUGGCUUUGGGCAGUUUGAUUCAGAGUGCGGGUCUCUACGUGACUCCAAUGAAUCGUCAACAAACGGCACAACGUGGUGGAAUGAUCAGUGGACGAGGACAGCCACAAAUGGCUCGCCGCGGUGGUGCUCCAGGACUAGCACAACGAGCUCGUCGGGGAGGAGGUCGAGGAAUC